AGGGGCAGGGGACAGGGAAUAGGGGAUAGGGGCAGGCUGGGCACAGCACAGGGGAGGUCCCACAGCCAGAGUAGGGAAGGGAAUCAUCAUAGAGAGAAGCCUUGAGCUUUGUGAGCAUCCCUUGUGGCAGCCCAGGUGCUGCGUGUUUUUUAUAUAUAUAUAUAAUUUCAUUUUUUAUUAUUUUUUCUAUUAUUAUUUUUUGAAUGCACCGCAGGUGCUGUACAGGUCCUUGGGGAUUUUAAGAAGACGUCUGAGGGCGGUUUUUAUAGGUUCCCCUUUGGAGCAGGGGCUGGGCUCACGGCCAUCCCCCCUUCCAUCACGACGCAAGCCCUGGCUCCGUUUCUCUAAUUAAUAUCUUCCUUGAAAAAGCCCUGAUUUCGGGAGCAUCAGCCGGCCUUCACGCUUUCAGGGAAGCCGCCGGGAGCGGCGGGCGGCGCGGCGCGAUGUGGACUUUCCUGGGCAUCGCCUCCUUCAUCUACGUGUACAAGAAGUGCGGGGACCUGCUGAGCUACGCCAACAAGGAGCUGCUGCUCUCCGCCUUCGUCUUCUUUUCCCUGGGCUUGCUGCUGUCCUACAGGUACCACUUCAGGGGGCCCAGGCAGCAGCGGUGGCGGCAGAAGAGCCACCUGGGGAUGCUCUCCGAUGUCCUCUCGGCUCUGCCGCUCGUUGGCUUCUUCUGGGCCAAACCCAGCGCGGGGGCUCGGCGGGUCGAGGCACCCAAAUCCCGAAAGGGUAAAAUAGAAGUAAAUUUCUCAGACAUUCACCUGACAGAGACUGCUACAAAUACAGCCUUAUCACCGCAGUACGAUCCAGAAAUUAUCAUCGUGGGUUCGGGUGUCCUUGGUUCUUCCUUGGCCACAGUGCUCUCAAGGGAUGGAAGAAAAGUGACUGUAAUUGAGAGGGAUCUGAAAGAACCUGACAGGAUAGUUGGAGAAUUGUUGCAACCUGGAGGCUUUAAUGCACUUAGAGACUUGGGUCUUGAAGAUACGGUAGAAGGUAUCGAUGCACAAACAGUAAAUGGCUACAUAAUUCAUGACAUAGAGACCAAGUCGGAGGUUGAAAUUCCUUAUCCAACAUCUGAAGAUGGCCGCGUAGCGAGCGGAAGGUCUUUUCAUCAUGGCAAGUUCAUCAUGGGGCUCCGAAAGGCAGCUAUGGCAGAGCCCAAUGCAAAAUUCAUUGAAGGAACUGUGUUACAACUGCUUGAAGAAGAUGAUUGUGUAGUGGGUGUUCAGUACAAGGACAAAGAAACUGGAGAUACUAAGGAACUUCAUGCACCACUUACUGUUGUAGCAGAUGGACUUUUCUCCAAAUUUAGAAAAAACUUGGUCUCCAACAACGUUACUGUUUCAUCCCACUUUGUUGGUUGCAUUUUGAAGGAUGCAUCACAAUUUAAAACUAAUUACGCUGAACUUGUUUUAGCUAAAACUAGUCCGGUGCUAAUCUAUCAGAUUUCUUCAACUGAGACUCGAGUCCUUGUUGAUAUUCGAGGGAAAAUGCCAAAAAACUUAAAAGAAUAUAUGAUUGAGAACAUUCAUCCGCAACUACCUGAUCACCUGAAGGAACCAUUUUUAGCAGCAGUUCAGAAUGAUCGUUUAAGAACUAUGCCAGCAAGCUUCUUGCCUCCUUCAGCUGUUAACAAAAAAGGAGUUCUUCUUUUGGGAGAUGCAUAUAAUAUAAGACACCCUCUGACUGGUGGAGGAAUGAGUGUUGUUUUAAAUGAUGUCAAAAUAUGGAGAAGCUUGCUCCAGGAUAUUCCAGACCUUUAUGAAGAUUCUGAUGUUCUUAAGGCAAAAAAAUCAUUUUACUGGUCAAGAAAAAAGUCUCAUUCUUUUGUAGUGAAUGUUCUUGCCCAAGCACUUUAUGAACUUUUUGCUGCCACAGAUGAUUCCUUGCAUCAGCUGAAGAAAGCCUGUUUCCAUUACUUCAGACUUGGUGGAGAGUGUGUCUCGGGUCCUGUUGGAUUGCUGUCUGUGUUAUCUCCUAAGCCAAUGGUACUGAUUGGCCACUUCUUUGCUGUGGCACUAUAUGCUGUUUAUUUCUGCUUUAAGUCAGAGUCCUGGAUUACCACACCUCGAGCAUUUUUCAGUAGUGGAGCUAUACUUUACAGGAGUUGCUCUAUAAUAUUUCCACUUAUUUACUCUGAAAUGAAAUCCCUAAUCUAUUAAGGGGAAAUGACUGGAAGAAGAAAACAUGAAGAUCGUGAUGCCUUUAAAAUCUUUGGACAUGUACUAUUUAAUAUUGUAUUAUGUUUUCUUCAAAAUGCAAUUUCCUUGAUCAGGAUUUGACUUAAUUUUGUUUUUGUGGUUAUAUACAUAUAUAUUAUAUGUAAAUAUUCUUUCCUUUGCAAUUAAAAUUCAAAGAGGAGUUAGCUGUUUACAAGAACCAUAAUUAAGUGUUGACUUAUGGUAGACAAUUGCCAGUUUUGUCAGAAUUUCAUCCCUCGCUUUACCCAUUGCAGACUGCACCACUAAUAUUAAUAAACUGAAAAGUGAAAACUGUAAACCAUAUGCUGCUAUUAUCCUUCAUGCUUCUUUCUGUUCAACAGUUCCAUAAAAUAUUUCUUCAUUUCUGUGAAAUACUGUAAGAAAAUUCUUGAUUUGGGUUAUUUCAUUAGGAUUUGCCUCUGUUCUUUUUAAUUUGCAGCUAAGAUGCUAGUAUGCUGACACUUAAAAGGACACUAAAGAAUUUCAGAUUUGGAAAUGUCACUGUAUCUUUAAUGUCAGUCACUGUUGCAAAUGCCAUAUUACUCUUCCAAAAUCAUUCUUUACACCAGAAUUACUUUAACCAAGUACUAAUCAAACCACGGGCAUGUUGGCUACUGCAUUGCACCCAGGUACUGAAAGCACAUGGUUUUUGAAACGUUCUUCCCAUCUCACUUCCUUUUAAAAACUUCAGGGUUUUGUUUUGUCUUUCUUGGUGUGUUUGCCACUAACUGAAGCACAGCAACAAACUGUGUCCGCUGAAACUUCAGUCCAGGCUGUUUCCAGUAGACAGUAAUUGCCAAUAUUACUUCUAAAAAAUUGUGAAGUACCAUGAAAGUGUCCUUUUAAUGCUUGGAAUAGAUAUUGUUCCUUCCUGUAGAAAUUACUGCAUGUUACUUGAGAGUCCAUGUAUUCCUCUGUUGGUCAAUAUUCUCUCGAUGUUUACCUUAACCAGUAUGCUUUCUUUUGCUCUUGUGUUCUUCCAUUUUUUCCCUACCUUUCUUAUGAUUGCUUUGUGUAUCACCACGUGGCUUUCCUGUUUUGGCUUGCCUAAACAAUCAUGCAUCGGUGCAGCCAAGAGUUUAGAGAGCAGUAACAUUAUGCUUUUCUGUGCUUAAAAAAACCUUUGGCUAUAUGUUUUGAAAAUUACAGAUUGCGUAAGCUGUAUAUAAACCUACAUUUUAUGUUGGAUUGUAGAAAAAAAUCUGUGGAGGGGAUUUUUUUUUAGUAUUUUUUUGACAGUUACUUCAAAUUACCUUUUUCUUUUUUUUUUUUUCCAGAAGAGAAAAAUGUAUAUAUUUUUCUAACCAUUAUCACUUUUGAUACCCUCUUGAAAUUAAAUAUAAACACAUUCAUGAUGCAUGUAAAGUUAGGGUGAAGUACUAAUAUUUUCAGAUGUUGUUAUUUGUGGUAACUAAAUGAUGCCCCUUUAAGGCUACACAAAGUUCACAGGAUUUAUACAAGUGUUUUCAAAAUUUGUGACAAUUUUUAAAAGGUUGACUACUUUUUCUAUUUUUUUAUUAUUAUUUGCAGUCAUUCUUUUUAAAUUCAAGGGUAAACAAUCCUGUGCCAAAUACACACCCUCAGCUAACUUAAAUAAAAUUUUAUAUCUGUA